AUGUCCACUACCUCCAUACCCUUCAUUUCUCUCACACCCAAAACUUCAAACCUCCUUUUAAAGCCAAGUACAUACAAACCGACACUACCAAGCUCUUCAUUUUCGUGCGAAUCGUUUUCGAAGAGGGGGUUCAGAAAUGGGGGUCUGUCGAUAAAGGGUUGCUCGACUUCGCCGUUUAUAGGAAGAGUUGGGUUGCAAUGGAGGGAAGGGAACUCUUCGUUGCUUUCGUUUGGGAUAAACCCACCAACGGCUAUGCCCAAAGGAGCAGAGCAGAGUGGUGAGGACUCGUCUCAGGUCUUAUCGGCAAUGCUUCCGUUUGUGGUUGCCGCCACUGCUGUUGCUGCUCUAGCUCAGCCUGCCACGUUUACUUGGGUAUCCAAGGAUUUAUACGCCCCUGCUCUUGGUGGGAUCAUGCUCUCCAUUGGAAUAAAACUUUCCAUCGAUGAUUUUGCUCUUGCUGUCAAAAGACCUUUACCACUCUCUAUUGGGUUUAUCGCGCAGUAUGUGUUGAAACCGGCUCUGGGGGUGUUUAUUGCAAUGGCAUUUGGUGUCCCUAGAAUGUUCUAUGCUGGCUUUGUCCUCUCCGCUUGUGUUGCAGGGGCACAGCUAUCUAGCUAUGCUAGUUUCUUGAGCAAAGGAGAUGUGGCCUUGAGCAUCCUCCUCACCAGCUCCACCACAAUUGCCUCAGUAAUCGUUACCCCUCUACUGACCGGCCUUUUGAUUGGUUCUGUUGUUCCAGUUGACGCUGUUGCCAUGGCAAAGUCAAUAUUGCAGGUUGUGCUUGCUCCAGUCACUAUUGGCCUUGCACUGAAUACUUAUGCCAAACCAGUUGUCACCAUCCUUCGACCAGUGAUGCCAUUUGUUGCUAUGAUCUGUACUUCAUUGUGCAUCGGCAGUCCUCUUGCAAUUAAUCAAAGACAAAUUUUGUCUAUGGAUGGUCUCCGAUUGAUAUUUCCUGUUUUAGCUUUUCAUGCAGUGGCCUUUACAGUUGGAUACUGGGUAUCCAAAAUUCCAAGUUUGAGGCAAGAAGAAGAAGUUAGCAGAACACUAUCGUUAUGCACAGGAAUGCAAAGCUCCACCCUGGCAGGUCUCCUUGCAAGUCAGUUCCUUGGGAGCAGUCAAGCCGUACCUCCAGCAUGUUCAGUCGUUGCCAUGGCCAUCAUGGGCCUUUUUCUUGCUUCUUUCUGGGGCACAGGUGCUCGAAUUCGAGACCUUUCUUCCCUACUUAUGCCUCAAACUGGUUCUGCCAUGAAGGCUUCGUAGUGAAGCAACAACCAGAGAAAGCUAAUAUAGUGCAUAGUGCAGACUGAUGGCCAGGGAAACUAACGCAGAAUUUUGAGGCAAGUACAAUAGGAAGGGAUCCGGGGUGUUUGUGUUCAGCACCUCAACCGGGGUUGGAAAGAAUAGUGCGUACAGAGGAUAAGGGAGCCAAAUAGACAACGAGUAACAUAGUUUAGGCUUAGACUACUUGUAAAGUUGUAAAGCUUUCUAAACUACAGCUAUAUCUUGCUU